AUGAUCGGCAACCCAGGAGGCUUGAGCCUGUUCCAGAUGAUGGAGGACAUGAAACGGGACCUUGACGAGCAAAAAAAGAUCAACGAAGCUCUCAAGACAGACAAGUUUCGUGAUCGUGUCAUUGAGCUACUCAACCACACACAAGUUCAUCAUUUCCAAAAAGAUCGACAGGAUCGAAAUGCUCGCAUUCAUGGAGCAAACAUUCAGCUGGAUCUGGAUGUUGUGGACUGGCUGCAAAAGUACGAUGAACCCGAAGUAGCCGCUGCAAAACAAGGAUUUCAGGCAAUGUACGGUUUGCCUUUCGAAGAAGCAUGCUCGCUCAUUUCUAAGGCGCCAACCGAAAUUACCGAGUCCAUCAAUAAAAAAAGCAACCUCAGCCUCCUCAAUUACUACAGUUCGCAUCGAUCACAAGAAAUUUGGGAAAUGGAACAAAUUUGCACUGAAAUCCUUGAUGUGUGGAGAGAUUCUAUUCGUCAUGGUGCUGGAUACCCGAAAGACGCAAUUCAAGUCAAAAGAUCAGAGUAUGAACGGUUACACAAAAUGUGGGAAGAAGCCAAGAGACGCACUGGGCGCAACAAGAAGAGAAAGCUUGAUGUAGAGGAUACUCCUGAUCUAGAUGCCUCUUCGGGAGAGGUGUAA